AUGGCCGCCCUCCAACACACCCCAAUCUCUCUCCAAUCCCAAACCCCAUCAUCCCCACCACAACUCUCCUCCACCCUCACCGCCAGAACCUCCACCCUCUCCUUCUCCUUCUCCUCCACCUUCACCCCCAUCCCCCUCAAGCUCUCCUCCUCCGCCGCAGCCGUCGUCACCCUCCGCCGUAACGGUGGCGGAGCCCUCGGCGCCAGAAUGAACGCCUCCGCGGCCGCCAGCUACGCCACGGCGUUGGCAGACGUCGCCAAAUCCAACAACACCCUCGAAACCACCGCCGGCGACGUGGAGAAGAUCGAGAAGUUCUUCGGCGAGCCGUCAGUCUUCGACUUCUUCAUCAACCCCACCAUCGACCUCGACAAGAAGCGCAAGGUCCUCGACGAAAUCGCCAAGUCCUCUACCCUCCAGCCCCACACCGUAAAUUUCCUCAACAUCCUCGUCGACGCCAAGCGAAUCGACCUCAUAAAGGACAUCAUAAAGGAGUUCGAGGUGGUUUACAACAAAAUCACGGACACGGAGCUGGCCAUCGUGACCUCGGUGGUGAAGCUGGAGUCGCAGCACCUGGCGCAGAUAGCGAAGCAGGUGCAGAAGCUGACCGGGGCGAAGAACGUGAGGAUCAAGACGGAGAUUGAUCCAAGCUUGGUGGCUGGGUUCACUGUGAGAUAUGGCAACUCUGGGUCGAAGCUUAUCGAUUUGAGCGUGAAGAAGCAGCUUGAGGAGAUUGCUGCGGAGCUCGAUUUGGGUGAUAUUAAGCUCAAUUUAUAA